AGGUGGAUCCUAAACCUGUGAAUUUCCCGGGAUUGGAAAGGAAAUGGAAGACGAUGAAGAAGCUCCACCUCUCGCCAUUGAAAUCGACCAACCCCUGGGACCCUACUCUCAGCAGCAACCCAAUUCAUCUAGUCACAAAGACGACGACGUGUUGGUCGGCGUCACCGUCAUCACCGGCUACCUCGGCGCCGGAAAAUCCACCACUUGAUCGUAUAUUGCUGGAGACUACUGGGUUAGCGAACCCCGUUCUACUUGCUUCGGUUCUGUGGUUGGAUGAUAAUCUAGUAUCAUCUGUCAUGCUUGAUUCAAUUAUCACGGAUGUUAAUAUUAUUAACAAGGUUGAUUUGGUUUCUCCAGAGGGUUCUGCGGAUUUUCUGGAGGAACUGGAGAAGGAAAUACAUAGUAUUAACUCACUCGCUAGUAUCAUCCGUUCUGUCCGUGGUCAAGUUGACCUGUCCAAUAUAUUGGACUGUCGGGCCUAUGAUGCCACGCAUGCUACCCAGUUAGCAUCAUUAUUGGAAGAAAGUCGCACUCUUUCUACAAGUGAUCUUCAUGAUAGUGGUGUCCGAACUUUAUGCAUUUCCAAGCCACGGCAGGUUGAUCUUGAAAAGAUUCUUUGGGAGAAGAAACAUGACAUGGAUGUAUACCGCUGCAAAGGGAUUCUGAGCGUUCAUAAUUCAUAUCAAUUACACACUUUGCAGGGAGUCAGCUUUUGUUCUUCUCCACAUUCUUGCCGGGUGAUCCAGGAAUUUGCCUAUUUGCAUUUCAGUGGGCUUGAACGAAUCCGACGAAGAAUCCCUUGCUUGAUAGGGCUUGAGGUUAGAAAUCCAAGAUGAAAUCUCUAUGCUUCAGAUGCGGAAGCGAGAAAUGGAAGAGGGUUUAGGCUUUGCGGUUUACAGGUCAUAAUCUAAAUGAGAAUGUUCUCGCCGAGUAUUUUAGAUCGUGCGUAGUUUGUUGAUUUGGUCACAAUAUUUUGUUAAUUUUGAAUACUUUCAAUUAUAUACGGAUUCAUUAUGCUACAUUGAACUCUCGAUGUUGUUUUGGUUGAAUACUUUAAAUCAGAAUUGUAAACU